GUCUUUGAGUGAUACCCAUGCUGCUUUCUCCUGCACGUUUGGCCUCCUGAAGAUGCCCAGGAGAGGAAUUCUUCCCCUGUGGACACUCAUGUUGCUGCUGCAGCUGGUGCUCGGCCCAUCACAGCUGGCAGGCUGCCUCCUCAGUCUCUGCCUAGAGGUCAUCCCUAACAAAACUUUCAGAUGCACAGGAUUGAACAACUCUGGAGUUCCUGCUGAAGUCCCAAAUACCACCCAGCACUUGGAUCUCAGUUUCAGCAAUCUGAAUUCUCUGGGGUCAAAUUAUUUUUCAUCAGUCCCUGAACUGCAGCUUCUGGAUCUUUCAAGGUGCCAACUCCAUACAAUAGAAGAUAAUUCCUUUAAGGGUCUUCACAGACUUUCUACCUUGAUUUUAACUGCCAAUUCCCUCCAGUACCUGGGGACAGCAGCCUUCUAUGGCCUAACAUCUCUGAAAAAAUUAGUACUGGUGGAAGCCAACAUAGUCUCUCUGACUGACCUGCCCAUUGGACACUUGCAUACCCUGCAGGAGCUGAAUUUGGCCUACAACAACAUCGCUUCAUUGAAGCUUCCCAAGUAUUUCACCAACCUGACCUCUCUCAGGCACCUGAGUUUCCUCUCUAACAACAUCACAUAUAUCUCCAAAGGAGACCUUGAUGCCCUAAGAAAAGUGAACAGGCUUAACUUUACACUGGUGCUUUCCUUGAAUGAUAUAAAAUACAUAGAGCCAGGCUCCUUUGGAAAGAUUCACCUUGGUGAGCUGGUUCUAAAGUCCUCUUUUGGGAACUUUCAUGUGAUGCACACUUCUCUUCAAGGCCUGACUGGUUUACAGGUCAACAGACUAAUAGUUGGAGAAUUCAAUGACAAGCAGAAACUGGUAAGCUUUGAGAGUGGACUCUUGAAUGGACUAUGUCAGGUACAAAUGCAAGAGUUUGUCUUAAUCACUUUCAGAGGAUUUAAGAAUAACACAGACACUCUUUUUAAUUGCAUAGGCAACGUCUCUAGUAUUCGGUUGGUGGACCUUGGACUUGAAGAGGUGUCAGAGGUUCCUGCGCGCUCUCAAGUGAAACAACUGGAAUGCAAGAAAUGCAGGUUUAGAGAAGUACCUGCUGUGAAGCUGUCUCUUUUCAAGGAGCUGAGAGUGCUUCGUAUUAUCAAGAGCAAACACCUCAAUAGCUUCCGGCAGAAAUUUAAGAGCCUGCACAACCUGGAGGUGAUAGAUUUGAGUGAGAAUCGCCUCUCCUUCACUGGCUGCUGCUCUUCUCGUUUCCAGGAAUGUCCCAACUUGAAACACUUGAACCUAAGCUUCAAUUCGGAAAUCAGCCUGACUGGAGACUUCACUAAUGUGAAGAAUUUGCUGUAUUUGGACUUUCAGCACACAAAAUUGUUUGGUCCUGGCUCCUACCCUGUCUUUCUAUCCCUCCAGAAACUCAUUUACCUCGACAUUUCCUAUACUAAAACUCACGUAGAGUCCCGGUGUACGUUUUGUGGCUUGAACUCCUUGCAAGUGCUCAAGAUGGCAGGCAAUUCCUUUGAGAACAAUAAAUUGGCCAACAGCUUCAAAAACCUAAGUCGCCUACACACCUUGGAUAUUUCAAGUUGCAAGUUAGUACAGGUGGAUCAAAGUACAUUUGAUGCCCUCUCUGAACUAAAAGAGCUAAACAUCAGCAACAAUAAGCUACUGAUCUUUGAUCCUGUAGUCUACAAGCCACUCCAAGCCCUCAGAGCCCUGGAUUUCAGCAACAACCAGCUGAGUGUUCUGUUGGACUCAGCCCUGGAAAUCCUGCCUGAUAAUCUGGUCCUGUUAGACAUCUCUCAAAACCUGUUUGAAUGCUCUUGUGGGUACCUGAACUUUCUGAAAUGGAUCAAGGAAAAGCAGGAGCUACUGCAGAACAAGGAGCUGAUGUUGUGCCACACACCUGCAUACAUGAAGAACGUGAGCCUGUCGAGUUUUGAUACAUCCUCCUGCCAACUCAAGGCAGGCAUGGUGUCACUCUCAGUGAUCACAUUACUUGCUGCAGUGGUGUUCAUCUUGCUGAUCUACAAGUACUACUUCCAGCUGUACUAUGCAUUGGUGCUGCUCAGUGGGUGUAAGCAAUCUGCAGAACGGGGUGAUACCUACGAUGCAUUUGUUAUCCACUCCAGCAAAGACCAAGAUUGGGUGAUAAAAGAGCUGGUGGAACCCUUAGAAGGAGGAAGACCUCCUUUCCAGCUUUGUCUUUACUACAGGGAUUUCCUACCAGGGGUACCUAUUGUCACCAAUAUCAUCCAAGAAGGUUUUCUGAGUAGCAGAAAUGUCAUUGCAGUCAUUUCUCCUGACUUUCUUGAAAGUAAGUGGUGUAGCUAUGAGUUUGAUAUUGCCCAGUCUUGGCAGCUUGUUGAAGGAAAAGCUGGAAUCAUCAUGAUUGUACUAGAAGAAGUGAAUAAAGCCUUGCUGAGGCAGAAGCUGGGGCUAUCCCGAUACCUGAGGAGAAACACAUAUCUGGAGUGGAAAAAUAAUGAGAUAAGCAGGCACAUCUUCUGGAGGCAGCUGACAGGAGUCCUACUAGAAGGCAAAAAGUGGAAUCAUGAGGAAGUAAAGCUCAUGUGAAGAGAGAUCAUUUUUUUUCCUGUCUCCCAGCCUGGCCUUGGCUAAUGGCUGGUGCCCAGAAGUUGGUUCUUCUGUGGCUGUUCAGAGUGGGAGGAAGUCCAUGGAGGCACUGUAAAAGCACUAAAGAAAUACCUGUCUUGCUGGUCACCACUGGGGCUCAAAUGAACUGCAAGCUGGAGUGACAGCAGAUAGAAGAGCUUCAUGUGCUUGAGCUCCAUGGUGGUCUGCAGCUGUCAGGCAAAGCUAGUGGAGCAAUCCACAAGGUUCUGGUGGGUUGGUGGAUAGAGAGAUUACUCUCACAGUCAUUUGCUUAACUGAAGAAACAUUUGGGUCCUGGGACCAUUUACACAGUGUAACUUCACAGAGUCUGUUGCUUUCAGUGGACCCCAGGAUCUCCAUGGGAGAGCAAAGGUACAGGAUUCUUGGCUCUAAAUAGUGUUGGGGAACAGAAGCAAGAUUUGGAUCCUGAAAGUCUUGAGUCCUCCUCCUUAGGCACCAUGACUCAGGGAAAAAACCCUACAGAAGGAAAGGAGGUUCCCUAGAGCCACAGGCCACCUGGCAGUUACGCAGUGAAGCCGAGCAGUUAUGUCACCAGUGUGGGGAGAGGUUGCUGUUGGUGAGGAAACGUCCCCACUAUAUUUGUUUUAGUUUUCUUUAGAAGAAAACCAAAUGUUGAAACCCUCCAAUACUUCCAUCACCUGGAACUCUGUUUCUAGCCGUACUAUAGACCACUUGAGAGAGUGGUUGGAGGUUUUCUUGUGGGAUCCAAAUAUCAGUGGGACAAGAAGAACUUGUAGAAUGCUUAACACCUUUUAAAUCAAGGUAUUUCUUUGGUCCAGCUACUUCUCCUCAUCCAGUGUUUCUAGAUAAUUAUGUGGGACUGAUUUAUAUGAGCAAGAUUGAGCCUGAGCAAAGUGCUUUGAUGUUUACAACCAACCAGUUCUAGAAUCAGCUUUUCCACUCUUCAGACCAGCCUUUAUUCAUUGUUGAAGCCUCCAGCACGUAGGUUGAAAUGGACUUCAGAUCUGUUUGGACUUAACAAUGAGGUUGAGAAUCCCUCUUCCUCUCUCCUUCAUCAUGCUGUGGCAACCUCUGGCCCUGCUGGGCAUCUCAACACGUGUGGUCAGCCUUUACUUGGGCUCAGCUGCUACAUUGAACAGGACAGUCACUGGACAGGGGUGUUUUGCCUUUGCUCACUGAGAAUGUGCUUGACAUUUUGCAGGGAGAAAAGAUAGGGGAGGACAAUCUGGGUUAGCUAAACUACAUGUAUCCCAUCCCUGUCCUGCAUAAAGGGAAGGAAAGGCUAAAUGCCACUGGAUCACAUCACAGAGCUGAUGUGCUGAAUGUUGAACGGUGCUGGAGCAUUGCUCUCUGUUUACGGAAGGCUUUGCUUGGGAUUAAUCACUGAGUUACUCUAGUUUUAAACUCGCAAAUCCUUCUGUAAUCAAUGACAUUCCACAGAAGUAAAACAGAAGCAAUUGAGUGGUGAAUCAGAUCUGAUAUUUAUUCAGAAGAAAGGGCCUGAUCCAUCUCACUUUUCUAAGCACCAGUCAGUGACACCUCCCUGGAAGCCCGUGGUAAGUGAGAUCAACAUCAGACACUAUUUGGGAAAGGUGAGAGCUAGUUGCAGGGCUUCUGCUGGCAAAAGCUGAAUCAUAGUUCUCCGUCUGUGUGCUGUGACAGUAGUUUAUUGGGAUAACACUACCAAAAAAAACCCCACAGCCCUCUCUAAGGUUUCUCAUGACCCAUGAGACAAAGCUUUAAUAAAACUAAACUCACCACUGAGUUCACUUACCCAGCGAGUUUGUUUUGCAUUUGCCAAGUGCUGUUGCAGCAAUUUCCAAAGUGGGGUACUCCUUAUCUCUGCUGUGAUUGUCAGGUCCUGAGCACUGCAUCUUGCCAGCAGACCUGCCUCCUCACCCAGGGGCUGCUGGAACUGAGGUGAGGUGCAGUCAACCAAGGCACAGCUCAAGGCUCCUUGGAUUGAGGCCAAAGGAGAACACGGAGAACAAAGCAAAUAUUAGCCCCUGGAUUUCAGCAGCUACAAGUUAAAUUGAAAAACAAAAGAGAAAAAAUUAGAUGGGGUAGGAGUUCCUGCUUUUGAAUUGAUCAGCACUGAAGCUGUAUUUCUUCCUCUCUUUCUCUCUGUAGCUCCUCUACAAACAAUUCAAUGUGUAUGUAUUUCUGGCACAAAGCACAGAGUCCUAUGAUUCUUGAUUGUAAUUAUAAUAAUGAGUUUCAUAA